UUUAAAUCGCGGCCAGUAUCUUACUGUUAAGUUUCCAUCGAAAUAUAAGCCUUUGCUCCGGCAUAAUCAAAAUAAUCAAGAUUUUUAAAAGGUUUAAGAGUAGCCUAAAGUGUUAGCAGAUUAUAGACAUGUUCAGAUCCGAGUCAUUACCCACACAAUUUACAUAUAACGGAGAUCCGGCCUUAAACCAUUGUGUAAUUUUGUUUUUCUUGUAAUUGUACAUUUUCUGAUAGAGAUCAAUUAAAAAUAAAAUCAUAAUCUUGCGUGCAUCAAAAAUAUUUCUGUAAGUUACGUUUGUAUGUAGCCCUAUGUUAAAUAUGUAUUCAACAAUCCAAAAAGCUUGACUAUAGUGUAUACACUGUAUCUCAUUGUAGCUUGCAGCAAUUCUUUUAGCGGUGAAGUUGAUUUAUAUAAUGAUUCUAACUGGUAGGUUGCGGGUGUGGUAUUUGGCAGCAUCAUUUUUUAGACAUUGGACUUGUAUGGUAAGGACCCAAAACGAAUCGGUAACGAAUCGGUGUUAUGUAAGGUAAUAUUUCAGUCACUGAUUUUUGGUCACACUGUUCUUGAGGGGACAUGAAUAAUGUAGUAGUACACGCUUACUUAAUGCAUUAAUUAACCAGUAACUAAGUGUUUGUUACGUACUGAUCCCAUGUUUCAUGUAUUUCAUGGAGAAACCUAUAUUAGUUCAUUAUUUGUUUUUAAGUAGUAAAUGAGUGAAUAAGUAAUUUUUGACCCCUCAAGUGGUCUUAGUCUGAUUUUAACCAAUUAGUUAACUGUUAAUUAAUAUAGUGCCUGAAUGGAAUACAUGAACUGUCAUGAUUGAUUAAUCGUGAACAAGCAUGAGAUCAGUACGUAACUAACACUUAACAACUAACCAAAUAUCACUGAAUGCAUUAAGCAAUGACGCUUAGCAAACCACGGCUUUACCUCAAACGCCUGCGUAAAAUGUUGUAGCCUACACGAUUUUCAAAGGAAUCUUGACAUCUUAAAAUGGCUGUACAGUGAAGCUAUAAUAACAUUUAUUUAUUAUUUUUUUAAAAUCCAAAUUCUUUAAUCCACUGGUAGACAUCAGUCUAUUUGGAGGUAGAUUACAACAAAAAAAAAACGACUUCGCGUGCCUUCAGCAGUGAAAAGACGUCUAGUCAUUUAAAGUGUGUCAACACCAACGUUAAAAAAACCAAGCAGAGGGAAACACAGUUCUCUGUGUCUCUAAAGAACAUUUCACACAACCGCAGCUGAGACUAAGUGCUGUACAAUCAACAUGGUAAAAACCCGAACACUUAAAAACAUAAAAGAAGAUAGACAACUCCUAUACCGAGUUAAAAGCUAAAGAAUAAAAAAGCGAAAAGCGCUGUUGCCCGACGAAUAUGGCAGAACCAAUGGCAUAACAUUGGGUUGAGCUUUUGGGGGGGCUGCUGUCUCCACCCAUUUAAGGGAGUUCAUGGGGUUGUAUUGCCAUUCGUUAAUUAAACAUUAUCAAAAAUUAUUUAGCAAUGCCUCAGCGUCACAUGCAGGCCUAUAUAGGCUACUUAACUUUCUAAAAUAAUAUACGACAACAGCGUGAUACCACUUUGUUCGAAAAUGCUAAAAUAAACAAACGUUGCAAUGCUUAAAAUGCAUGACAUAUAGAACCAAAAUGUAGAUAACCGCACAAAUCAACCGAGGAACAUCUGUGGGAUUUAACUGUCCCAAGCGUACAAUUCAUAAAUAAUUUGAAAUAACCCAGAAUUAUACAUGUAAACAACACUUCUUGCCCGAGGCAACCGGUUGUCAAACACGUAAGGUUGGUCUCUCACUUUUUCUCUGUCAGGGGAAGUGGUUACGGUAAUAGCAUAGGAAUGCUCUGUACAGAAAGAAGAAGCGCAUCAACAUUUAAAAAGCGACCAGUCCAGCUCAGAGAAGAUAUGGCGAGCACCAUGGCAGUCACUGCGCUGAGUCCCUUGGUCAGUGAUGGCAAUGAGACUGACUGUGACUUCGCUAAGGUGGAUGGACUGAUGACAUCUCUUCAACUGGUCAUCUACAUUCCCAUCUUUGUAUUCGGACUCAUGCUGAACACCACAGCCUUGGUGGUAUUCUAUGUCCUGCUGAAGAAGUGGACUGAGACGACUAUCUACAUGACCAACCUAGCCUUGAUGGACCUGCUGCUGCUCUUCUCGCUGCCUUUUAAGAUGCAUGCCACCACCCAUAAAUGGGCUUUCAACAAGAAGCUCUUCUGCUCCUUCCUGGAGAGCCUGCACUUCGUCACCAUGUAUGGCAGCAUCUACACCAUCAUGUGCAUCAGCAUCGACCGCUACAUCAGCAUUAAGCUGCCCAUCCAGGCCCGGACGCUGCGCUCCCCGCGUAUGGCCCGGAUGGUAUGCCUGCUCAUAUGGGUGCUGGUCCUAUCCGCCACCGUGCCCGUAUACAAGUUCCACAACACCGACGAGAAGCAAUUCCGCUGCUUCCACGAGUUCUCCAAUGACGGCUGGAACCCGGUGCUCAUCGCCUGCGUGGAGGUGUUCGGUUUUCUGCUGCCGGCGCUGGUGCUGGUGGUAUGCUCAGUCCAGAUCAUCCACACCCUGAAGAAGUCGCAGGAGUGCAGUGCUAAGAGUCUGGCCUGCGCUCGAAUCAUCUACAGCAGCCUGUUCGCCUUCCUGGUGCCCUUCACACCCAGCCAUUUAGGAAUCUUCCUGCAGUUUCUGGUACACCAGGGUACCAUCACUGACUGCACGGCAAAGACCCAGAUCAGUCUGUAUAUGCAGGUGACCAUGUGCCUUGCCAACAUCACCUGCUGCCUGGAUGCUGUCUGCUAUUACUUUAUGACUAGGGAGAUCCGUUCUUCCAAAGACAUUCUCACCAGGUCCAUCAGUUACCGGAGGCCGACCAGCACGUCAGAAGUGUGAGACAUGGUUCAACUUUGCAUUUGCAACACCAGCGCGUCGGAAAUGUGAGACAUGGUUCAACUUUGCAUUUGCAUCUUGCGUGGAGCGGCCAUGCAAGGGGGAAGGCCAUGACUGUGCAGGGUGAUCCUAAUCCUCUCAGGCAGUCAGGAGUAUCAGGAGUAUCAGGAGUAUCAGGAGUAUGAAACAUGCAGUGACACAAGAUACUGGAAUGAGAAGCUUUCAGUGUCUCUGGUGUAAGGAAAAAGCCUUUGUUCUGUUGUCACUGUCAAUUUUUUUAUGAAUAUAACUAUGCAAUACAUAUGCUGUACGCUAUGCGGACAUAAGCAUACGUGUCAAAUCAUGGUGACGGAAUAAAGGAACAUGGUGACAGUG